UUUGCCAACAUUCAUUAACAGGAGAAGAAGAAGUACUGUUGUUAGCCUGCUAUGCUAACAUCCAACAGAACAUGAUGCUACUCGGCUAAAUGCUUUCGGAUCAAGUCUUCUACUACACACGUGGUUUUGUUGCGUUUAUAACAAUUGUCGGCAGAAGUAAAGCAAGUCGCCAUCUUCCGUAUUCGGUCUUCGCUGCGUUCUCGGAGAAGUUAGCUUCACUAAAGCGUUUGAAUGGAAAUGUCUACAAUCCAGAGUUUAAGACAGUUUAUCAACGAGAGGUUACAAACUGCUGCUGAAGACAUAUUAGGAUGUUUUGAAGCGACUGUCGCAAAGUACGAGGAUGAGAUCGGUCGUCAGCGCAGACUGCUGGAUGUAACUUUGAAACCUGUAGUAAAGCUGCAGAGAAUAGAGCUCCCACAGCGACAUGUCUGUAUCAAGGAAGAGUUUCCUGCUGACCUGCUGGAGAGGAACCCCAGUCCAGACCAAGAGGAGCCAGAACCUCCACAGAUUAAGGAGCAACAGGAGGAGCACUGCAUCGAGCUCCCAGAGCAACACUUUCUUAAAGAGGAAGAGUUUCCAUCUGACCAGCAGCUCUGGAGCCUUGAGAGGAACCCCAGUCUGGACCAAGAGGAGCCAGAACCUCCACAGAUUAAAGAGGAGGAGGAGAUCUGCACCAGUCUGGAAGUGGAGCAGCUUGUACUGAAGCAGGAGGAUCAAGAUAACCUUUUGUUGAAUACUACUUUCAAGGAAAGUGACCACAGUGAACCAGAACCAAGUGACCACCAGCUCCUCUCCCACAGCUCAGCUCAGAGCCAAGAUCUCAAAGGAGGCCAGCAUGGAAACUCAACAUCAGUUAGUAAUGCUGAGCAGGCAUCAGAAAAGGGAUAUCAUGUCAUCACAGUAGCAAAAGAAAGCACAAGUCCCAGUAACCUUGCAUGUAGCACUACCAUGUCAAAGAUUGUGCAGAAUAUCUGCAAGAGUAAAAAGGUUUUCCAGUGUGACACUUGUGGAAAAGUCUUUAAGUGGAGGUCACUGUUAAAAAUACAUCUGAGAGUCCACACAGGGGAAAAAACGCAUUCUUGCGAAAUGUGUGCAAAAUGUUUCGCAACUAGCACAAGUUUGAAGAUCCACACAUUAUCACACACGGGCGAGAAACCUUUUUCUUGCAAAACUUGUGGGAUAAGUUUUAGUGCGAGAAAUACCCUUAAGAGACAUGAGAGAACGCACACGGACGAGAAACCUUUUUCUUGCAAAACUUGUGGGAAAUGUUAUACACGUGGAUGUAAGUUGAAAGUCCACUUGAGAAGCCAUAAAGGUGAGGAGUCGUAUCCCUGUACAACUUGUGGGGAAAGAUUUGUUAGUAUAUCACUUCUAACCAAACAUUUGAGUACCCACACAUAGCAAAACUGAUAUUUUUAUAAAAUGUUGGAAAGAUCUCUGACUUGCCAGUUUAUACAAAGUCCACAGGAGAAUACAUCCAGUUGAGAAGCCACACCAUGGCAACACGAGAGGGAUACGAUUUGCUCAAGCGUUGUCAAAAAAGUUGUUACUUAGUUAUUGAUUCAUUAAUUAGUGAUACAACAGUUAGCGAAAACGACACUGGAAAUGUUUCCAGGGGACCAAAAAAGUUAUGAACCUAGUUGUAGUUCAAUGCUUUAUGAAGUUCUAUCACCACUGAUGAGGAGCAGACUUCAAUAACUUCACAAAGCAUUGAACUACAGCCAGGUUCAUCACUUACAUCUACACAAGAGAGAUUGUCUACAUUUGCAUUAGCUGCAUCUUUGUAACUGAAUGUGGAAAAUAUCCCAUUGAGGAGACAUCACAAUAUCUUUGAUGCAGUACAUGGUCAACAACAUUUGCUGAAGUACCCACGUUUCUGUUCUUCAUGUGACUGUCAUUGAUAUUUACAUCUGCAAAGGAAGUGAUGUUUUCACCCAUGUCUCUUUGUUUAUUCAUUUGUCAGCAAUUUAUACCAAAUGGUGCAGGAAGGGGACGGGGGUGAGAGAAAUUGAUUGGGUUAAAGUGGCAGAUCCAGGAUAUUUUAUUAUCACUGAAUGAUGAGAGAUGGUUUCAAUGUGUCAGGAAAGACUGUCGAUCAUGAUGUAAAAAUCUGACAUUUUUGUUGUACAGAGAUUUAUAAGAACACAGUAUGUGGUGCAGAUUAUCAGAUGACUUCCCUUUUUCUUUUCUCUAUUUAUUUCAAAAGAAUAAAAUCUCUAUUUAAUGUGUACACAGUCCUAAAUGACUCUCACUGUAAAUGGUUAUUAUUUUGUACUACGUGUAUUCAAUACUUCAGUGCAUGUGCAGUUUAUAAAAAUUUUUUGAAUUAU